AUGCUCUCCUAUGCACAAAGAUCCAUAAAAAGAGAAGAAAAAAUCACAAGCUAGCCAUGGCUAGUAGCAAGAAUAGUAUUGUUGGGGCCACCGCGUCAUCAAUUGUAGCUGUGGUGGCACUGACACUUCUAACCACACUUUUGACAGCGAUGGUAGAUGCACAACCAUACUCCGCUAUGCCACAUGGCAUGGUUGGGGAUUUGCUGCCACGGGGGAGGGUACCUCCCUCCGGGCCUAGCCAUCCGCCGCCUAUGGUGGCGAUGCCACCAUCAUGGAAAAUACCACCUGGCGGACCUAGGAAGCCCCCUUCCACGGUGGCGAUGACACCAAAUGUGGUUGGAGAUUUGCUUCCGAUGGGGCCUAGCCCUUCACCUGGCAAACCACCAUCAUGGAAAGUACCACCCAUCGGAACUAGGAAGCCUCCUUCCACAGUGGCGAUGACACCAAAUGUGGUUGGGGAUUUGCUGCCACGGGGGCCUAGCCCUUCGCCUGGCAAGCCACCAUCAUGGAAAGCACCACCCGUCGGACCUAGGAACCCUCCUUCCACGGUGGCGAUGACACCAAAUGUGGUUGGGGAUUUGCUGCCACGGGGGCCUAGCCGCGUUCCGCUGCCACCAUGCUGUGGUAAACUUACCAACCCACCAUCCAUAGAGGAAAUGAUCGACCAUGAUAAGCAUGCGCUCAAUGUAAAUGAGAAACUUGUUGGUAAUGAAGGGAUGAGUACUCAAGGAUGAUGCGAUGUAACCUCUAAGCAAUGACAUAAAUAAUAAGAGCACUCCGAGUUGUUUACUUUUCUUGAGUUCA